CGAUCACGAACAGAGCGCCAAGCCGAUAAGAUAGCGAACCUCGAAGCAGUCGUAGAUCGGCUGGAUAGACGUUGUCGUGAGGUCGAGUCGAGACUUGUGGCUUUGGAAUCCGCGCGAUUAGCUCCACUGGCGGAGCGUGAGGCUGAUCAGAGGAUCUCAUCUGUCGAGCCCGGCCCUGUCGGAGGCCGCCUCUUCGAAGGAGAUUCUUCGUUCGCAAGUCAGUCACUGCAGAUGACCGAGAGUGCGCAGGACGCAGCACUCUCCGCCCCUGCAGGCGAUGAUCCAGCUGUUCAUCACGCAUUUUCUCGACUGCGGAGAUCUCUCCACGACUCACAUGAGAGUCUACUGCGGAGAAUGAGGGUCCGUCGUCCCAUUUUCCUCUCCUCGUAUGCUAUCAGUGACCUGCACGUGCUCGAGGAUCUCUGCCACGGCGUCUAUGCUACCAGUGCGCCGUCUGCCGGUCAGAUUGCCAGCACCCAUGGAGUCCUCCUCUUUGUGUUGAAGGAGUACGUCGCCAUGAACGACGACCUCGGCCAGCGGGUCGAUCUCAACGCACAUCUCCAUGAAUGCGAGCACAUAUUCGUCGCAGCGCUGGAGCAUUACGAGGUGCUUGUGAUUCCAAGCUUCGAAAACAUUCUUGCUUUGACGAUGGGCAUGAUCAAAGCCCAAGGCGAAGCCAAACCAUCCCUAUACUGGACACUCGCGUGCGCCGCCGCAACCCAGUGCCAAUCCCUCGGGUACCACCGAGAAGCCAGCUAUCGCAAUAUUCCGUCUGGCAAGGCGGACAGCAUCCGGCGGCUGUUCUGGACGGUGUACUGCUUUGACAAGAACAUGUCCCUGUUGCUGGGCCGGGUUUCCGGCCUGCACGGGCUCAUCAUCGACACGCGCUACCCAUCCACGGCCACAGAUCAGGCGCUGCGGCCGUGGGACGAGUCGUUCAUCAUGGGGAUCCGAUUGGCCGAGCUGCAGGACCGGGUGCUUACGGGCCUUUACUCUCCUGGGACGGUGAUCAAGAAUUCGUCCGAACGGGCCCGUCUUGUCCGUGACCUGGCAGCUGCUAUGGACGAGUGGCGUGUCAAGUUUACGCAGAUCAACGCAGAGGCCGUCAACAACCCGCAGGUCUUCCACCUCUCCCGCGGCAACUGGGACAUGGCAUACUAUUCGACCUUGACGCUGCUGUACCACGCCUCCUCCUCCACCACCACAGAGACUGGCCUCUAUAUCAGCUCGCAAUGCGUGCACGCCGCCCGCAAUAGCUUGCAGGCUCAUCUCCAAUGCUUUCCGCAGUAUCAGGAAUCGCGUCUUCUCUCGGACGGGGAAUACAUCAACUGGAUCCUUCUCUACUCCUCCUUCACCCCCUUCCUCGUCAUCUUCCUCCACGCGAUCGCCGCCAAAGAUCCGGAGAGCGCCGCCCUCCUCCUCCGCGUAGUCGGCACGCUGGAGAAUCUCCGGUCCCCAUCCUCCCAACAGACCUCGGGCGCGGAGCGUCUGUAUCAAAUCUGCGCGACCUUCGCGCAACUAGCCCAAAAGCUAGUCGAGUCACCAGCCUUCGCCAGAGGGGUAGAUAACCCGUCGGCGGAUCCGCCCCGGUUGACGAAUGAGGAUGUGGCUGUGGGCGACGACGGCGCGGGCUUCGGGUUCCCGACGGAGACCUUUGAGGAGGUUUUCGGGGAUGUGGACUUCAAUCCCGGGGGGGAUUUGUUGGGUGAGUGGAUGGGUGGACAGCCGUUUUUGGGGAAUUGGGUUGAUCUUUAG